GCUAUUUUUUGAUAUCAGUCACCUCCUUGCAUACUAAUUUGAUGCACGUGUUCCGUUUUGAGAAAUAUAUAAGUUUGAAGUUUUUGGAGUUGUGUAUCACUGUGAACUCUGGUGUUACUCUGAGAUCUGGGAGACAUCUUUGAAGACAUCUUGGCUGACUUCAACUCGACGAGGGAGGACUUUGGAUCAUCCAACAUGGCUGUUCCUAUCUACUUCAUGUUUUUGGCGGUGCUGAUCGGGUCCAGUGUUGGCCAGCCAAUGCCAGGGGGAUCGCUUGUGGUUUACCAGCAAAUCGAUUCGCAACCGGUCAACCCGGCGCUACAGAAGAAGGUGACCGUUGGCGCGAAGGACACCACUCUGACCACCAUGACUAGUGGUGGUCCACCGGACUACAAAGUGCGAGAUACGAUCACCAAGGUCAUUCUGGCCCCGCCUGACUCACAUAGGAACAUCAACGAUCAUCAACUGAAGCACCUGUCAGUGAAUGAAAACUUGAAAACAUCAGCCAAAGGCACCAAAGAUGGACACCUCGAAAUUAGCGCCAGAACGGACAACAAACUGGCGCAAACUGUGGUACAUAAGGAUGGCAGGACGGUGACCACUACCAAGGGCGAACAGGAUGGUCACGCUUCAGCCACUGGGCACGGGAAGCUCACCGACCCCAUUCAUCAAAUGCAUAAGGAGACGAUGGAUUCCUGUGAACAUUGUGUCAAGAGAUCGCAGAGUGUGACUGAAGGCAAGGACAGCAAUUUGGUGAAGAGUCGCGAGGAGCGUGGCGACUGGAACUUCCACGACGAGAACACCAACAUGAAUGUACAUGACGCGAAACGCACAGCACACACUGACAACCAACGCAUUGCAUUCAAACACGAGAAUCUGCAGACUGCUGGAACCGUGCAGACUGUGCAUGAUGGCAAGAAUAAUGUCAUGAUAGGAGCCAUGCACGACGUACAUACGGAGACUGUGACGGGUAAUCAUGACAGCCAAUCAGCAACCAACGAAGAAGUUACAUCAGUUGGCAAAGUGAAGAGUAAGAGCAACAUCUAUAGGGAGAACGUGGAGGCUGCGGAUGUCCAUCAACAUCUCAUGAACGCCUACCAUGAAACGCCAAUGCACAAGUUCAUCAUGAACAACAAGCAAGUCAGAGAAGAUCGCUACCGCCAGCUCUCACUCAAUACCCACUAUGACACACAGACAAAGAAGAAGGACGGCACGAACGUCGACACACAUGCUGAGCGCAGAGUCAACAUGGACACCAGUCGGUUGCAACACACAGACGAGCUGAGAAUCAAGGCCAUAAACAAAGAAAAUCCCACGAAGCCAGCUUCCGAGGUGAAGAUGCAGGCGCGCAUAGUGGACCGCGAUCAUUUGCAGCUUAAUCAGCAUGAAAGACAACACACCACUACUACUAUGCCUAACGGCGGACGACGAGUGGUGACGAUCGACCAGGAGCGCAACCUCUCCAACAAACUUGACACAGAUGGAAGUCAUGCUGACCGGAAUCCACAUUUGUCGCAAGAGGUGCACAAUGCUGAGAAGGUUGUCACUCCUGCUGAUAGAACUCUGAUGCAGCCUCUCACUCAUCACUACAUUAUUUCCAAGAAAAAGUAGGAUUAUUUGAUAAUAAUCACACUUUUAAACGUUGAAAAUACAUAAUAAUAUUUAUCAUUACACUUUUCAACGUUGAAAUGGCAGGCAUUUGAUUAUCUGAUAGAUUAUCGAGGAUUUCAACUAUUUAUUGGAGCUUGUUCUAAGUUAAUCUUAUCUAGUUAGUUAUCUUUAUUCCAAAAUCAAUCAAUUACUCAUUCAAAUAGUGUAUUGAUUGAUUUAUUGAGUUUGUUGAUUGUUUAUUGAUUUUUUCUUUAUUGAUUCAUUAAGUUUGUUUUGUUUCCAACUAUUCCAAUUCAUUAAUGUUGUUUCACUCAUGUUAUUUUUACUACCUACCUAUUUUAGAUUAUGUUGACGAAUUUAAACUUGUUUGAUCCAUUAUAUCUCCAACAUAUUCUAUAAUUAUAUUCUACUGAAUAGGGAUGAAUUCUCCAUUUUAUUAGUAUAUAGUUGUUUUUCUCGUUUGUAAUCAUGUUAUAGACCUGUUAGUAGUAUUUUGGUAGCUAUAACUCAUAAUUAAAUGAGAUCUGUAUUACAAGAGAUGCAAGUGAUGUUAACUUUUGUUUGAUUUAUUUUUUAUGCAGGUCA